AAGCACAACACAGUAGGUCAUAAUGUCAGUUGACCGAAAACAACAUAUUCUUACGUUUGAGUGACAAAUGUAUGGUUUGGUCAUUCACGGAUGUGCUGCGGUCCUGCUGACGUGCUGUGGUGUGUGAUAAUGGAUGAGGUCCAUGGAAAGGAGAAGCUGGAAUAUCCUGCUAGGGCACAGAGUGACAUGGGAGAAAAAAGAAGCUCAGGAUUCAGCGUCAGGCAACGAGGACCUGAUUCAACCUGAGCCUGACCUGCACAAUGACAGCGUUAAUUGCCUCGUCCAAGAAACAUCAAUGGAAGAUGAAGAUGAGGACAAUGAGGACGAUGAUGAUGAAGUUCAUAUACCAGGGCCAUCAACAUCAAUCACUACUCCCCCCUUUCAGUCACAUGAAGAUGAGAACAAGGAUGAUGAUGAGGAUGAAGAUUACACGCCAGGACCAUCAACAAAGUCCAGUGAAGGUGUUGAGUUAAGUCUGCCACUUCGAGAGUGAGAGAGUAGGAAGAGGGGGAAGAAGAUAGGUGGCAUAACAGAGAGGAGAGAGAUAAAGACCAGAUGAUCUCAGUGUCAUGCAGCCUGGCCCCACCCUCUACACCACCAUUUCAUGGUCUCCCCUUUCACUUUUCCAGCUGUUGUCUUCACCAUCAUCACAAACACCAAUGCAAAUGCUGCCAAAAGACUGCAGCCUGGAUUUAAAUUUGUUUGGAAACCUCUGACAUUGAGUGAUUUCUACAUUUUCUUGGCCAUUAUCCUUUUCUCAGGGCUUGUAAAAGAGCAUGACAGAGGAGAAAAUUGGAGAAAGGAAUGGCCAUACAACUUCCGAUUUCCUGGCCAUACGAUAAUACAGGAUCGCUUUGAAUCCACCAUAUGGUCCCUGCACUUGAGAAACCCAGUAAAAGACGAAAACAGCUGGAAGAGUAACACUACAGAGUAUGACAGACUGCUCAAGAUCAAGUCCCUGUACAUCGAGAUAGUGAAUACCUGCAAAGUACACUUCCAGCCUUAUCAGAACAUUGCCAUAGAUGAAAGGAUGGUGGCAUCUAAGGCUUGCAUGAGUAUGAGGCAGUAUAUGAAGGCAAACCCCACAAAGUGAGGAUACAAGUAUUUGUGCUUGCGGACUCCUCAACGGCCCACACAUGGAAUUUUUUUGUCUUUGAGGGGAAGAGUGUGCAUGUUCCAGGCCAGGGUUUGAGCUACACUUCAGUAAUGGAAUUGGAUUGGCUUUCCAAAGACUAAACAGAAUGACCUACUAAAAAAUGCAGAAUGGUGAGAUAUGUGGUGGAUACGCCAAAACAAACUUCUGUUUGUAAAAUGGCUGGACACACAUGAAGUGACCAUUUGCUCUACUGUGCAUGAAGCAUUCAGUGGACAGACUGGCUGGUGGGUGACAAACCAAGAAUGUGACCAUUCCCAAUCCUGUUCUGGAGUACAAUCAUAGCAUGGGUGGUGUGGAUCUUUCUUAUGCUUUGAUUGGUUAUUACAGUGUGCACCACAAAACUAUGAAAUGGUAUAACACCUUCUUUUACCAUUUUAUGGACAUCACUAUGGUCAACAGCUUCCUUCUCCCCAAGGAACUAUACAAAAAGAAGAACAAUCCCACCAUGAAAAGGCCAUUCAAGCAGAAGCACUUCAAGGAGAAGCUAGCUGCAGAGAUGCUGGAGUUUGCCAAAGCCUCAGCACCACCACCAAUCUCCUGUAUGCCUGCGUACUAUGGAGACGAUGGUACCCAAUCCAGGAGGUACUGCCAGAGAUGCCGGGAUGCUGGCAUCAAAAGGGUGAAGACACCUGUGUACUGCAUGAGGUGCCAGGUCCCUCUGUGCUUCACUCCUUAAAGAAACUGCUUUAAGAUUUAAUCCACAAGUUCAGAUAU